UUCCUGUGGAAGAUUGUGACACCUGACGUUUUGUUUACCAUUAUGAGAUGAUAAUAGCUUUCGGGUUUUUCUCAUUUUCAAACAUAGAGGUGAUGAAAUCUGCAUGACUUGCAUAACGGAAUAAUUUCAGUUUCUUAUUAUUGAUGUGUAUAUUUCUCUGUUAAGUCCAUUAUAGCUUUAUAAAAAAAAUAAUAAAAAAAAAUUGUUUUUCUCUUAAUUUUCAGAUUUAUGGGUAGCGGGAACGUGAGGAGGGCUGCACUAGCCUUCAUUAGAAGUCCAAAUUCAAGAUGCUUCGAAGUAAAUUGUUGACGAAUCUGUCAAAAUUCGUUGACUUGAAAUCAUGAAAAUCACUCCAUGAUUUCCCUCGGAUUCUCAGGGAAAUCAUUCCCUGAUUUGUCUAGUCAAUGAUCGGAUCCUUAGAGAAAGUUUCCUAGUAUUUCAAGUCAAUGCAAGCUGUAUAGGUGGCUGUCAUACCAGAAUUAAUUACCUGAUUCUUUUGUAAUUAAGAGUUUCCUAGUUUAGGCUAUAUACCAAAUUAGACAAUACCUUGUACUCUAAAAAUAGUUGUAAAUCUUCCUCAAUGAAAAUAUACAGUGAGAACAUUUGUUUGUUCAUAAAUAGUGAUAGGAUAUAUGAUAGAGUUGGUGCCAGUAACUCCCUUUGCAGAUUAUUUUUGUACUACAAGCCUUCUUUGAGAGAAUAUUCUCUGUAUAAAGCAAACAAUAACUUGUUAAAAAGUGGCGGCUUUCGGAAUUUCCAUGGCCUUGCAACAAGUAAUACAAUAUCUCACCAUGCACAAAUCACAUGGAAGAGAUGUUCUCAGCUAUGUUCUUAUGGUGGUCUGGCUUUGCCACCAAUAGGUAGGAUUGCUUGUGCGGUGAGCUUGGCUCUGACUCGUUCAAAUCUCGUAGCACCGGGUAUUAUUGCCUUUGUAGUUGGAGAGUUUGCUUUGAUGGAACGAUCAUGGGCGGAAGCAGAACAAAUUCCUACAAGGGGUACUCUAAAUCUCAAUGCACAAGAUGGACAUGUACAUUUAACCUCAUUUUUGUUUUCACUUCUGGAAUUUUUUAUCUUGUUUCUCAGAGCAAUUUAUCUAGUGCUUUUGUUCUCGCCCUGCAUUACUAUGGCACCUUUCAUCGAGUCUCUUGGCAUUCAGUACAGGAAGAUAUGGCUUUCUCUUGUACAUCAUAGACUGGAGAAGGCGGGCCCCGCGUUUAUUAAAUGGGGUCAGUGGGCUGCAACUAGACCGGAUCUCUUCCCAAGGGAUUUGUGCAGUGAGCUCGCUAAGCUUCAUACAAAGGCAUCAGCUCAUAGUUUCUCGUUCUCCAAAAAGAGUAUCAAAAGCGCAUUUGGUUGCAAGCUGCCUGAGAUUUUCGAUUUGUUUGAAGAGCAACGUGUGGCAUCAGGAAGUGUUGCCCAAGUUCAUCAAGCAACAUUAAAAUACAGGUGUCCUGGUCAACAGAUCAAGCCCAUCGUAGUUGCUGUGAAAGUUCGACACCCAGGUGCUGGUGAAGCAAUUAGAAGGGACUUUGCAAUUAUUAAUUGUGUAGCGAAAAUCUCAUAGUUUAUCCCUGCGUUGAAUUGGUUGAGAUUAGAUGAAAGCAUACAACAGUUUGCUGUUUUCAUGAUGUCUCAAGUUGAUCUGUCAAGGGAAGCUGCCCAUUUAAGUCGUUUUAUAUAUAACUUUAGUAGAUGGAAAGAUGUUUCAUUCCCUAUGCCUUUGUAUCCCCCGGUUCACCCAUCUGUUUUAGUGGAAACUUAUGAACAAGGUGAAAGUGUAAUGCACUAUGUUGAUGAACUUGAAGGACACGAGAAGAUUAAAACGGCCCUUGCACAUAUUGGAAGCCAUGCACUUUUAAAGAUGCUCUUGGUGGAUAAUUUCGUUCACGCAGACAUGCAUCCUGGAAAUAUUCUUGUCCGAGUAACAAAGGGCAUAUCAUCACCUGAACGGCUCUUCAAGUCCAGGCCUCAUGUCAUUUUCCUUGAUGUAGGCAUGACUGCUGAACUUUCAAAGAGAGAUCGAGUGAAUUUACUAGAAUUCUUUAAGGCCGUUGCCCUUCGAGAUGGUUGAACUGCAGCUGAGUGCACACUUAGAUUGUCUAAACGGCAGAAUUGCCCAAAUCCAAAGACUCUUAUUGAGGAAGUCGAAAAAGCGUUCAAGUACUGGGACUCCCCGCAAGGUGAAUUGGUGAGCCCCGGUGACUGCAUGAAGCAAUUGCUCGAGCAAGUUAGACGACAUAAAGUCAACAUUGAUGGUAAUGUUUGCACCGUGAUGGUAACCACUUUGGUUCUUGAGGGGUGGCAGCAGAAACUUGAUCCAGAGUACGAUGUGAUGCACACUUUGAGAACAUUGCUAUUUAAGGUUAACUGGGCAGAAUCUUUCUUUUACACCAUUGAAGGACUCAUGGCGCCAUAAAAGGUGCCGUGAUCUCUCUCUCUCUCUCUUAAUUGAAGAAAAACGGAACAAAGGACCUCUUUUGACAAUUACAGACUGAUCAGAAGAUGGUAAAGAGAAGGAUACAUACAUAUAAAUGAAUUAUACUGUUUGUCAUAUUAAUAAACCUUCGCAAUGGCGAA